AUGGAGAAAUCUUCUUUUGCGAAACUUAUUGACAUCAGGAAGGAGCGCAAGCCGUCCUGCACUCUUUGUAGCAAUCAUGGAAUACGUUCAAGCCUCAAAGGACACAAGCAUAAUUGUCCUUUCUUGCGCUGUCAUUGUGAGCGAUGUGUCAAGGGACGCCUUAAAAGGGACAUCAUGAAACAGCAAGUUCGUCUUCGAAGAAAACAGAUGAAGGACAUUGUAAACCAUCCUUACUGUGGAACUCCUGUAGAAUCACUAGGUAAAUUUCAAAGGUUUAAUUUCGUUGUUCUUUUUUGUUGUUGUUGNACUUGUUUCUUGGCUAAAACGUGGUGCAGCGCAGAAAAAUGGAGAAAUCUUCUUUUGCGAAACUUAUUGACAUCAGGAAGGAGCGCAAGCCGUCCUGCACUCUUUGUAGCAAUCAUGGAAUACGUUCAAGCCUCAAAGGACACAAGCAUAAUUGUCCUUUCUUGCGCUGUCAUUGUGAGCGAUGUGUCAAGGGACGCCUUAAAAGGGACAUCAUGAAACAGCAAGUUCGUCUUCGAAGAAAACAGAUGAAGGACAUUGUAAACCAUCCUUACUGUGGAACUCCUGUAGAAUCACUAGGUAAAUUUCAAAGGUUUAAUUUCGUUGUUCUUUUUUGUUGUUGUUGUUUUGUAACGAACGUAGUUUUCUUAUUUGCUAAUUUUUUUUUUUUUUUUCUUUCGUUUUUCCUGUUUUCGCAAAAAAGAAAAACAUUGUUAAGUUUACAAGAACUCGCUCUCUUUACAACAGCAGAGGUUCCAAACUGACGAAAUUUCUGUUAAGCUGAUUUAUUUUUAUACCUUAAUUAACGGUGCUAUUUUUAGCAUACUUUAUAACUUUAAAACAGCGCUUUAGUUUUUUAACUCGAAGAAAAAGCAACAUGUGUUUUACCGUAAUUUCUAUUUACCGCUCAAUGAAUUUUUAUUUUUUUAGUCGUGUUUCAAGUCUCUUGUUCACUUAAGUUAAUGUUCGUUUGCUUGUUUUUGCAGUAAACAUAUCUUCGUCGGUUGUGAAAAACGAAUCAUCUUUGUUGAAAGAAAACAGCAGCGUCCUAGACGAGACCCACGAGGCAUUCCCCAAACUUGGUGGUCGCUUAGUGCAAAGCGUUUCCAACAUUCUGCAAUCUCCGUUUAAUGUCCAAAGACAGCAGUCGUACAACUGUAGUGCGUAUCUUCCGACACCCUUUCAGUUGUGGACCAUGUGCGAUGGGCAAGUUUGUCGCUACAACAGCUGGCCCGAGCAAGGCAUUCCUUCUUGUCCCGUGGAACCUCUAUCCUGUCCAGGAUUUUCCAUCUCCGAUAACAGUGCAUUUGUGAAGUACCGCAGUCUGCCUCCGAUAGCGGACAACAGCUCUUUCAGGUCUGGCCAUUCGUCCGAAGAAGUUGCCGCUGUUUUAGCGUCGUUUGGAAGUCCAGAGCAGAGAAUAACAACUUGUUAAAAAAAAAAACUUUUCAUGCCACUUGGACAAAAAUAGGCUCGGUUUUGGUUUGUUAUAUUGCAAGUAUUGAACAUUCCCGAAGAGGCCAAUAUAAAAACUUUGUUAUUAAGAAAGUCUAUCAAAAUUAUUUUAUACUGGUUGUUAAAACAGCAGACUAUAAAGGAUAGUUUUGUUUGGUGAACAAAACGGAUAAAUUUCCUUCAUGAGGAUUAUUGAUUUACGAAGAGAAAAAGAACAAAGUGUCUUGCUUUUACGUGAUUUAAAUGUAGUCUUAUUGUUUGUCCUUAAUUGUUUCAAUAAAAACUAAUUGCUUUAUUAAAGAUGCUCACAAUUUCAUCGAUGAUGAAG